GAAGAAGACAGGCACCGCUAACACUACAGCAGAAGCCUGGAUACUAUGGAAAAGAAGUGGUAAACAUGGAUAAAAAGAAGAAACCCUUCGAUGUGACCGCUUCAUCGCUGGUGGAUCUUAAAGCUGAACUGUACAGAAAGCAGGAGCAGUUCAAGCAGGAUAAACUUGGGCAUGAUAAUGCGGGUGCUGCUGGAGUUGCAUCAAAAUCCAAAGUCAAGAAACCUAAUGUCUGGAGCAAACAAAAUGCUGGUGUUUCAGCAAGAGCUGAGAAAGAUGCAGAGCAGCUGGCUGAGGAGCAGGUCAACCUGGAUACAUCAAGGCGCAAGUUGGAAGAAAAAGCCAAACUCUACGAGCAAAUGACAAAAGGAGACUUUCCAGAUGAAGAGGCAGAGGGACUGUUCCUGGUCGAUUUCACCCAGAAGAUCAUUGACAAGAAGAGAGAAACACUUGCACAAAAGGAAAGAGAACGAGAUGAUGAGGAAAGAGACAACGCGUCUCCUGUCCCUCCUCCUCAAACCCCAGAUGAAGAAUGGGUGGAUUAUGUGGACUCUUUAGGCCGAUCUCGCAGAUGCAUGAAGAAAGACCUGCCAGGUUUUCAGAAAAUGGACCUAGACCUUAAAGGAAAAGGGAAACCCUCAGCUGACUUACUCUCCGAGGACAUGCGUCGAGAGCUGCAGAGGCAGGAGUGGGAGAGGGAGGAAGAGGAAGCUAUGAAGAGGCCUGUUGGACCCAUCCACUAUGAGGAUAUCAGGGGACAAGAGGCUCGGGAUCUCGGUGUGGGUUACUUUGCGUUUGCUCAAGAUGAAGAGCAGCGCAGAAAGCAGAGAGAAACACUGGACAUGCUCAGAGACCAGACCACAGAUCAGCGCACUAAAAGAGAACAGCUGAAGGAAAAGAGGCAGGCCAUCCUGCAGGCCCGACUGGCCAAGGUGAGGCAGAGGAAGAUGAAGAAGGCCAAGCUUGAUGGCACUGAGGAGGAGCAGAAAGAGGAGGAGAACGAAGGGGAGGAGGACGAAAGUGAAUUAAUAGGACCCCCACCUCCACCAGAGGACUCCCCGGAGGUCAGCACACUGAAGAAGGUGGUAGUGGAGAUCCAGGAAAGGAAGGACACCAGACCAGGAGUUCCUCAUGUCAGAGAAUGGGACAGAGGCAAAGAGUUUAUGUUUAGUGAGUGGAAAACUCGGCUUCGUGAUGAGCGAGAGUCAGAAUUUGCACCUCCCUCUGCCUACUUUACUAAGGAGAAGAGUCAAAGGCCAGGGAAGACUAACUUUCAGAGUAAAUCUGGGAUGUCCUUCAAGUGGACCAAAGGCCCAGGAGGAAUCUCUGAGAGCAAAGAGGAGCCACAAUCUCAACCUAAGACUGCUCCUCCACCUCCCCAACCUCAACAAAAUCCUCCACCUCCUCCACCUCUUUCACAACCACAGGCCUCAUCGCAGUCAUCACCUUUAGAUCACCCAGCAGAUUCAGCGCCCGUGUCUGCUCCUCCUUUUAACCCCCAGUAUGCCCCUCCUCCAUUUUAUCCUCCAUUUCCUCCUCCUCAGUUUGCUGGACCACCUCACUUGCGUCCUCCAUUUCCCCCACAGUACCCACCUCAGUAUCCUCCCCAGUACCCACCCCAGUAUCCUCCCCAGUACCCACCCCAGUAUCCUCCCCAGUAUCCACCUCAACAUCCACCUCAGCUGCAGAGCCAGUCUCAGCCUCAGCAGACCCCCCAGUCUGUAGACCCCAGCCAGGCCCAGCAGCCUGAACAGAGUCUGGACGACAUGCUGUCCUUCUACAGGAACACUAGCUGAUCUCUAAAAUAUCACCUAAACUGUGUAUUUGGUUCAUUUGAAGAGUGUAAAUACAGAUGUUUCUUUUUUUUGUUGAGAAAAUUACAGAAACAACAGAACAGUUUUAGAAUUUAAUAAAUAUCGGGAA